AUGAGGGAGAUCGCCGACACCCUGGUGGCUGGCGGCUGUCUUUACUUUCAGGACCUUAUAAACCUCCUCAAGCAGCAGCAGCAGCAGCAGCAGCAGCAGCAGCAGCAGGAGCAGCAGCAGCAGCAGCAGCAGGAGCAAGAGCAGCAGGAGCUGCAGCAGGAGCAGGAGCUGCUGCAGCAGCAGGCAGCGGAUUUGGGGGAGGAGGAAAUGGAAACUGCAGCAGCAGCAGCAGCAGCAGCAGCAACUGAUAGCUUAAACCAAACCGCUCCCUUAGAAAAGCACCAGAAGCAAAUGUGUCUGCUGCUGCUGCUGCUGCUGCUGUUGCUGCUGCUGCUGCUGGUGGUGCGGUUGAUGCUGCUGUUGGUGCUGCUGCUGUUGCUGCUGCUGCUGCUGCUGCUGCUGCUGCAGUUUCCAUUUCCUCCUCCCCCAAAUCCGCUGCUUGCUGCUGCAGCAGCUCCUGCUCCUGCUGCAGCUCCUGCUGCACGCAGCAGCAGCAGACACAUUUGCUUCUGGUGCUUUUCUAAGGGAGCGGUUUGGUUUAAGCUAUCAGCAAAGCCAGCAGCUGCUGCAGCUGCUGCUGCAGCUGCAGCAGCAGCAGGAGCAGCAGCAGCAGCAGCAGCAGCAGAAAACAGAAGAAGGAAUGCCUGCCCAGCAGCAGAUGCCUUCCCAUAA